UUAGAGGAGCUUCACUUUGGAGGAGGGCAGUGGAAAGGGUGGACUGGUAGAGCACGGAAGGAUCCCAUCUGAAGACCUCCCCCUUUUGCGUGGUAUUUACCAACAACAGGCUUCUGUCCAUCAACUGUGUCAAGCGGAUCUCCGCGAGGAAAACAAGCCGCCUGCCGCGAAACGCUGAGCCCUCGAUGAGCACAGGAACCAGCGCACUUCGAUCUGGGUUCAAAGUGGAGAAAAAGACGCACCGACGAGCGCGCAGUGACCAGAAAAAAGCGCACACAGGCCGUGGCCGUUGCCUUCCUCAAUGCAUACCCUUUGUGCCCGGGGAACCAUGAAACCAGAGAUCAACGCCGCCGUGGGAUUUUUGUCGAGAUUUCUGCGGGUAAAAGGACACGUAAACGAUCGGCAAGUCCAAACGUUCAGCCAGAGUCUACAGGACAUUUUGUCGGAACAAUACAAGCACCACUGGUUCCCGGACAGGCCCUGCAAAGGUUCAGGGUACCGCUGCAUCCGCAUCAACCACAAGAUGGACCCUCUGGUGGGGCAGGCGGGCCAGCGUAUCGGCUUGACCAUCCAGCAACUCUACCUGCUGCUCCCCAGCGAGCUCACGCUAUGGGUGGACCCCUUUGAGGUGUCCUACCGUAUCGGCGAGGACGGCUCCAUCUGCGUCCUGUACGAGUCGCAACCCAUGCCGGCGGUCAUGCCGGGAACGGCGGUCGCCAGCUCGCCCUCGGGGAGCGGCGGCUCGGGGAGCCCGAUGGUGGACAGUCACAUCAGUUGCAAGGAGGAACUGAUGGUGCUGGGCAGAGCCAGUCCCUCCAAAGCCUACAACAUGAUGACGGUGUCCAGUUAAAUGGUGCGCACUUUCGGCCUACUAGUCGUUCAGGGUCACACCUUGGCCAGUCGAGAUGAAUUUGACCGGAUCGAGGCGAGCCUUUUUAAAAGCUAAGAAUAUGAAACGAAAUAGUGAAAGAGGAAAAAAAAAAAAUUAAAGAAAAAAAAAAAAA